GCUGUUCGGUAUGCGACGGUCUUAGCUGGUAGUUGGUAACAAGAGUGAGAGGUAAAGACGGAGGCGAUGGAAAGGAAGUUUACGAGAUUGCAGUGAGCAGGGGAAGUGACAUAGUUAAUUUGAGUUAAUGGGAAUACUGAUAGAGAUGAUUAAUGGAAAGGUGGUGACAGAUCUAAUAAUAUUAACAUAAUCAAGUCUGACUUCACCGGUUUUUUUCUCCUUCUUCUUUUUGGGGUGUUGAUACUCAAGGCCAAUACUUUUUUUUUAAGGACAACUAUAGCUCAGUACAUUCGUGCGUCGACCUCCUGGCGUGCACUUGUCGCAGUUUGUAUACUGUUAACGAUGUUGGGAGCUAUCUACAUACUCUAUAAAGAUGCGACUGUGAGCAGUUGCGAGGUCUUAAAUGCAACAUUAAGCAACAAUUUUCAUAUUAAUGUAGCAAUGUCACGCGGAGGGAAGACGUCUUAGCCAUUGGCGUUUUCUUUCGUAGUCAUUCAGCCAGCAGGCCAAAGGUCGGGGAGUUGAACUCCUGUGCUGAUGAAACUUUAGUUCUCCAGAAUUGAGUGAAAAUCAGCAAGAAAAAAGUGCAGCAAUGGCAAGCGUGACUCUAGAGUCAUUUUUUCUACAACUUGUCAACAAAGUGGAAAAUAUUCGCGAUAAUUUAAACAGGAAGAAAACGAUGAAAGAAGAGAUUCGAACCCUGGAAUUUUGGCGAUCUAUAAUAGCUGAAUGUUUGGCUACGUUUUUUUACGUGUUUUUGCUCUGCGGAGCCCACAUAUCAUGGCCAAACGUUGAACAUACCAACAUUCUGGUCAAGGCAUUCACCAAUGGUCUGACUAUCGCCACACUGGUCCAGUGCUUCGGUCACAUAUCAGGCGCUCACAUUAACCCAGCAGUGACAUUUGCGAUGUUCUUAACCCAGAAGAUCACCCCACUUCGGGCUAUACUUUAUGUAACCUCUCAGUGUGGUGGGGCUAUAGCUGGGGCAGCACUUCUGUAUGGUGUAACGAUUCCUGGCCACCAGGAAACGCUAGGAAUCACCGUGAUUCACCCUGAUCUUGGAGCCUGGCAAGCAUUCGGAAUUGAAUUCGUUUUAACGUUCGUCAUUGUUUUCACCGUGUUUGCCACAGUUGAUUCGAGCCGUAGAUCUUUGGGAAGUGAUGCUGUUGCCAUAGGAAUGGCGUAUCUAGCUGUCUCACUAAUAGGGUUGCCAGCAAGUGGAGCAUCAUUAAAUCCAGCCCGUUCUCUCGGUCCUGCGUUUGUGAUGAACAAGUGGCAACGACACUGGGUGUACUGGUUCGGUCCCUUAGCUGGAGGUGUCACCGCUGGAUUAAUCUACGAAUAUAUAUUUGACUCGAAGAAAGCCAGGUCGUUGAAAGAGGCUUUGGAUGACUUGGAUAGGGUGUCCAACACUGAUGAUGAUUACGAGGAUCAAGAUAGAUGCAAAAUGGCAAAAGAUGAUGAUGAACUACAGGCUACGGGGGGUUUCAGGCCCCAGUAUCACGAUAAUUAUCGGUUAAAUUCAAACGCGUACUCUCCCACCGUUUCGACCUAUCCAGCACCUUCAGAACCACCUUACGGAUACGGCGGUCCUCGAAGUACUCCAUUACCAUCCUGCUCCUCUGGAGUAUACGACUCUCGAUAUGGAAACGGUUUUAGGACAAUACCCAGUCGUAUGGAGUAUGGUCCCGGAUCUGUGAAAUUCUAAAACAAAAGAACAGAAAAUACAUAACAAAUGGUAACAUGUUUCUUUUAGAUCUUCUAGCUCCUCCGAAAUAAAAUAUGUCGGUUUUUGUUGUUUUUUUGUUUCUGGGGCUGGGACAUAAUAAAAUGUUUACACCAACUGACUGUACAUUGUUACAAAACAUAUUUUUACUUCUUCGUAAUUGCAAUUUAAGAAGUAGUUUGUUCAGAAAAAUCAAAUAAUGGUAUCCGUAUACAGUGUGGUCUGAGUGAAAUAAUUCGGGAUGUUCGUUUAGGCCUUUUUUUUUUUUGCCUACACCGAGUAAAAUAAGAUGACCUAAAACUGUAAAUAUUAAAUAAACAACUGUUUAUUUACUUAAAAAAAUAGGCAUUAUUAAUGUAGACCUAAAAAAAUCUUGUUUAAAAUAUCCCUUAUAUUAUUAACUUUUCCAAAUGAAUUUAUAUUUAAAUGUACAAAGUUUAUAUUGUUAACAUCAUUUCUUGAUCGUGCACUUCCCUGGGAAGAAACUUGCGGUUUAAUAAAGCCAAUUCGCUUAUUUUCCACAUCACACUGUAGAGGAGUUGUUAGGAUAUGCAUUAAGAUGUUGCUUUACUGACACGUGUACUUGUACUAUUUAUGUUUGUAUAUCAGAAUCUGUGAACUUAAAAAAUAAUUUGCUUGGUGUUCAGUUAAUGAUGUGCACCCAAGAAUGCAACCUGAACUGGGUUGAAACUUUACUUGUAUAAAUACGAAACUAAAUGGCCAAUAGCAUUUUAAAGCAAAAUAUUCCCAGAUAAAACGUAAAAUGUCAAACUUCGCGCAUUAUUCUGCCACUGUAUUUAAAUAAUUACCUUUAAAAAUCAAAUAAAUGGAAUUGUCGCACUCCUCAAAAUAACUUAUACUGUCGUUUUCAAGUAGUUAGUAAAACUGAACUAUUUUGUCUUACAUUUCAUGCAAAAAACACAAACUUUUCAGUAACUAUUUUUUGAUUCAAGUUUAAGAUAUCAUCACAAGCUAUUGAAAGAAACGCGAAAUUUUUAAUAAAUUCAGGUGAACAAAUAACAAUAAGCUGUAUUCAUGUACUACAUGCACGUAGUUAUUAGUGAAAAUGCACAAAUGACAUGUGUUUGGGUAACUCGUAUAAUUUGUCUCUUAAAUAUAUAUAUAUAUAUUAGGCUCAAUAGAUAUUUUUUUAUCUUUAUAAAUUCAAGUGGGUUUAAGAACUGAUUUAAAAAAAAAUUAAUACUCAUUAGUAGCAUGUUAAUUAAAUCAAGUUUGAUUUUUGUUUUAUCUUCGUAAUUAAAAACAUAUCCACACAUCAUGUCAAUAAACCUAAGGUUAUAUUGCGCAUGCUCAAUAAUAUAAGUAAAUAUAUUUUAUGUACGUAUAUAUUCAAUACACACCCUGAAAGGGUAAUUUACGAUUCUAUGACAGUUAAAGCAAUUGUAGGAUAGAAAUAUUUUGGUGCGUUUCCAUUUUCUCUGUUCUUUCAAAAUAUUUUAUUGACCCAUAUGUACAUAUUAUUAGUUUGCAUUAGUCUCUCUCGGAAUUUACUCGAAUGACUCUAUGAAACGUUGUAGUUUUGAUUAAAAGUUAAUACUCUAUGAA